GAAAAGAUGCCUUUCUUCUUCGUUUAUCAUUUGCUCCGAGAUACUAGUAUGGAGCUCAGUUCACUUCCGGUAUUUAUGUUGGAGAUUUUGUGUUUUGAAUCUGGAAUGCAAAGAAUCUCCGAUGCAAAGUGUUAUUUCAUACCUAAUGCUUUAAUACCAACUCUGACUUUGUUGGAAGGUGACUUUAAAGAAUGGAUGCAAUGGUUCAAUCUACGAGCAGAGUAGGACAGUUGGAACGAUGUAUUAUUGGUAAAGAUGAGCUUCUGCUUCCCGAUAAUUUUAUUGAACAGAGUUUUAUAUUUAAUGAAGUAAUCAAUUUUGAAACCUGGGAAAAAGUGCUCACACCAGCCCAACGCCAUCAUCUCAUGAAAUUUCUGCCUACAUUUCCUGUUGAUGAUCAAGAACAAAAACAGACAACUGUCAAGCGGUUGUUAAGUGGAGAAAAUUUUAAAUUUGGUAACCCCGUGAAAAAGUUCCACAUGAAGCUAAAAGGUGGAACUUUUACAUCCGAAAUUUUAAAAUAUCCUCAUUUAUACCGAAAGUUUAAAUUUCGGGACUAUAAAAUGAGGCAACAGAGAUAUUAUACUAAACUCUUUAAGGAUGUUAUUUUGUCUCGUCAGCAUGUGUUUGAGAUGGUAUCAAGGUUGCCACCCGACGAACUGCCAAAGUUUUGUUACACGCCUCCUCCACCCGCUGAUCAAAGUAUCGAGCAUGUUGUAAACAAGCGGUAUUGUAGAAUUCUGAAAGCGGUCCAGGAAGAAUGCAAUGCAGAGGAUUCUUCUUCGGAAGAAGAGGUGGAAGAUCCAAAUGCUCAAAAAAGCCGGAAGCAUUUGCUGCAGACUUUAUAUCCACCAUCAUCUCCUGAACCGGCAGCAUCAACAGUCGUAGCUACUUACUCGACUAGGACAGUAGCAAACGGAGAAAUUGUCGAAGAUAGCAAUGGUCAAAGAAAAACGGUCAGGCGUCCUUUAAGCCCCAUAGAAUUUUCCGAUGAAGAUUAUAAAGCUAUGUUAAGAGAUUAUAAACGGCGGAAAACAGAAAAUGGGGAACAACCUGAACUGGACAUCAGCUCAAUCACACUCUUAGAUAUUCUGGCUCGAUGCCAGGCCGUUAGAAAACCAACGCCAAAGUCUCCUUCUGCUGUUUCUGAAGAGACAGCAUCAAGUCCAGCAAUUAUGAAGAAGGUGAAGAAAAAGGGUGAGAAGCUGAAGAAAUUAAAAGCAAACCGAGUCGACAGCAUUGCUAAGAAGAGCAGCGUUGCCAACCAGGAAGAUGUUAGUGGAAUCGAAAUACCAGAAUUGCUUGCGAGAGAGGAAGAAUGUGUUGUUCCUGAAUUCCCCCUUCAAGAGACUCUACCACCCAAGUUACCAUUUGGUCAGUAUGACAGUUUUUUCAGUCUGCUAAGAGAUCUCAUUUGUGAAUUUCCUGAUGCCAAAGUGACCACAGCAAAGUUAGAUGAUAAAGUGAAAGAGUGGCAAGAAUCCCCCACAAGUUCUCUUAAUCAGUGGAUAAGUCUACAGAAUAACUGGGUUGAAAAUGUUGUGUCUGCGUUAAAGUUUCUUUCAGGUGAUGUUUAUGGCUUCCAAAUUGAUAAUUUUAUUCCAUUGAUUGACUAUAAAGAAAGAGCUCAGCAAUGGCGGUGGAUCGGCAAUGGUCGAGACGCUGAUGAUGAGCUUGGUCAGUUGUGUAAGUUUUGGUUGCAGAAGAAAGACGGAAAAUUAAAUGAAAACCCCGAAAAUAAUCAAGGAACAACCCCUCCUCCCAGAGUGAAAACUAAUUACGUUGUGAAACCCACGACGGAAGAAGAAAAAAGCAGCUUCAAAGAACAGGAAAGAAAACGGUUUGAAUGUCCCCAUCUUGGCUUCACAUAUCACAUGCAUGGCUAUGAUUCGGUGGUUGGCCCGGUGAAAGGAGUGUACAGUAAAGAUAACACAAUGAAUAAAGCAAGGGAACAUGCUCUACUGGUGUCAGAUCGGCCGUCUUAUGUCACUAUUCUAACGCUAGAUUCGCAAUUCUUAGCGCCAGGCAUUACAGAUGCACAGAUAAACACAGUGGUUAGUGGUGCUUUGGAUCGAUUACAUUAUGAGAAAGACCCGUGUGUAAAGUACGACGUGAACAGGAAAUUAUGGAUCUAUUUACAUCGAAGUCGGACCGAACAAGAAUUUGAAAAAAUUCACCAAGCUCAGGGAGCAGCUGUCAAAGCCAAGAAAUCUUUACAAAAGCCGAAAUCUAGCAAAUCUAAAUCUAAAGAAAUGGUUCCUACAAGUACAGCAAUAACAACAGUAUCAUCAUCAACUGCACAGAAUUCAAAGUCCUCGCCUUCCAUCACAGUAUCUAGCUCCGACAGUACAGCACACCCUGAAGAACCUGUUAUCCCUACGAUGCCAAACCUUGUGGUCUCAAGGGCACCCAAACCCACACAAAAUGCACGUGUAGCUACAAGUACGACGCGAACUUUACAAGGAAGCCCAAAAUCUAAUCUGAGUGCAGCUAAACCUGCAACGAUUAAUCUUAGUCUUGCUCAAGCGCCAAGCAUUGGUAGCAGCAACUCGGUGACCAGUAUUGGUAAUAGCGGCACUCUGACCACCAUACCAAUUUCUGAAAUUACGAAAGCACAGACGCAAGCUUCCGGAACGCAUGUGCAAGGAACCAUAGCAGCGUCAGCGUCGACCUUGUCGAAACCUUUGACUUUUGCCAUCGUGCCUUCUCAAGCCACAGGAACUAGUGGCUCAUCCGCCGUUGCUAGCCAGGUACGGACAUCGACCGCCACUGCCAAACCGGUCUCUCUGAACCUUUUGCCUGGUCAGAUAGUGACCAAAUCUGGCGGGGCAGUUUCUGGCUCUUCACUGCACCAAGCUACCGUUGUGAUAACAUCCAAGCCGGAAUUAUUACCUUACCAACAGCACGUGACGUCGACUGUUUGUGUGAAUAGUAGUAAGUCGCUGAUGACUGGACAAACCAUUCUCAGUACAGCUAACCGAACAUCGGUGUCGACUGCGACUACUGCCACACCCAUGGUUGCGAGACUUGUCUCCGGUCCACAAAUGGUUUCGGUUGGCAACUUAUUGACUGGAGCUGCGCAGAAAAAUACUUCUGGAUCUGCGGGUCCAACAACCAUAAAAAUUCAAGGUAGCAAUAUUCUGCAGCCAAUGUCUGGUGGUAAACCAGUUCAGUUGACUGGGAAAGCUGUACAAACGACCAAAGGAAUUUUGCAGAUUGAUGGGAAAUCCCGUCCAUCGGUGAAUGUUAUUCAGACUGCUCAGGGAGCAUUGCCAACAAUUAAUAUCAUACCACAGGGCAGUAACACUUCUGUGGUCACUCUCACAGAUUCUGCCCAGAUGACCAGACCAACGAGCUCAACAGUGACAGCUAAUUCAGGGACAACGACAGUACUUAGCUCGGCAUUGCAGUCAGCAACUGUAAUGUCACAGUUGAAAACGGUUGCUGUUACAACCUCUGCCAGUACUUUGCUCAGCCAACAGCCUUUACAAGUUGUCAGUCAGCCAAAGGUUGUCUCCCCUGGUCAAGGUGGCAUUGUAGUUACACAUCUGGCUCCUGGGAACAUCACCCUCCGACCAGGUUUGUCUGGAGUUUCCCAAGCCAAAGUUGUAACUGCUGCUCAAGCUGGGCUGCUUCCUGCUCAGUUCAUACUUCAUCAACCAGCGACAGGAACAAGUGUCAAAGUUGGCUCUGCUGACACCACAGUGACACCUACAGUCAGUCAAGCGACACCUAUAAUCGUAAGCAGCAACAGUGGAAAACCAACACAAAAUAUCCAGGUUGUAAGAACUGUACUUUCACAGCCAUCCAGUGUGAAGGCGGGCCAAACAACAAUCCUGAUCUCACAACCAGCUUUGCAACAGUCUGGAACCACAGUCUUGUCAUCAGCACAGUUACUACAGACAGCAAAAGUCCAAGGAAAGUUUGCUGGCAAGGGGAAACCGCCACCAGUCUAUGCUCGGAUCAUAACUCCGUCGGCCGGUAUGAAACUAGCCACAAUGACGCCUGGCCAGGCACUUCCUGCACAGGGGGUUAGUGUAAUUCAGGCUGCAACUGCAGCGGCUGCCAGCAAACUUUCUUCUUCUGCAAUUACAGCGACUGCUUCACCGCAGCCAGUUAAAAGUCAAGAGCGCACUAGCAACAAUAACACUACUAGCAAUACAGGUGAAUCAAAAUGACAACAGGGAUAAUAUUAAUGAGGAACACAUACAUUAGUUUUAUUGGUCUGUCUACCUGUCUGUCUAUCUAUCUAUCUGUCUGGUCUAACUGUCUGUUUGUUUCUCUGUCUCUCUCACUCUGUCCGUCUGUCUGUCUAUUUGUCUUCACUUAUAUUCAUUGUCCUCUCACAUACACACGCACAACACAACAAUGCACACACUCUUGCAUACACACACACAAACACACGCACAUGUGCAAUUUGUAUGGGGGACUAGAAAAAAAAAUUUUAUGUGAUGCGAUUAUGCAAACAUUGUUGGAUUCUGUAUUUUAGCUGAACUUAUUAUUAUAAAACACACAAAUCUGAUGGUGACAUAUUCCCCACCCACAAGAAACCUGUAAAUACAACUGAUCUUCUUCACCAAUGUAUACACUUCUGUUGUUGUUAAACAUUAUCUUUCUUUUUUUGUA